ACUUACACAAACCCGGCUCACUCAACGAAUUUAUAAGGUAGUAUUCACAACACAAGUUGUAAGCGUGUUCUUACCAAAUCGACAUUCGAGAGGUUCAUUAUGAGUUAGAAUAAAUGAGUCCUUCAUCAACAAUAAGAUGCGCCGGCCGGACAAUACCGCGCCUGCUCCCAGGGUCUCAGGCGCUCCGUCUUAGACCUCUACAACAAACCUCACCGAGAAGCUGGCAGUUGAGCAAGACCCCUUAUAUUCCACACAGCCGCCACUUCUCAAGUCUUCCACCAGGCCAAAGCAAUGAAACCCAGGUACCACCAACAGGCGAGCCUCAAGCAUCACAACCGCAACAACAACAAUCACCGCCCCCAAAACAGCGCCCAACAUGGCGCACAUGGGUCCUCUUCAACCUAGCCGGCCUCAGCGGCGUAUUCAUCGUCGCAGUCGUGCUCAAGAGCAUAAACUCCCAAGACGGCGCCAAGAACGCCCCCCUAAACACGACGUCUUUCAGCCCCUUCACCAUCACCGCCAAAGAGCAGGUCUCGCCCACAGCCUUCGUGCUUAGCGUUCGCGCCGAGCAGCAGAAACCAGGACAUAAUGGAGAGAGUUCGUCCCAGCUGCUACAGCGGUGCUGGGACCACGGUCUCUGGUCCGUGGAGGUCAAGCAGCCGCAGUUGCAGAUUGCGCGGCAUUAUACGCCUUUGCCUCCGAAGUCUGAGGAGGGGGAGGAGGAGGCUGUUGGUAAUGGCAAUGGAGAGGAGCUAAGGUUCCUAGUCCGCAAGGUUGAUGGCGGCGAGAUGUCGACGUACCUGUCGAAGCUGCGCGUGGGCGAGAAGAUAUGGCUGCGGGGCCCGCACCUCGGGUUCGAUGUCGCGCGGCGGCUGGGUGAUGCCGGGAGACACGUCGUGUUUCUUGCCGGGGGCACGGGGAUAGCCCCCGCGUUGCAGGUUGCGCGGCGGGUGCUGGAUGAUUACGGCUCAGGUACUGAGAUAAGUGAGCAGAAAAAGGGGGAGAAACCUACCGUUUCGAUCCUAUGGGCGAAUCGAUACGCUGCCGACGCGCUAGGGCGGCAACAACAGCAGCACCCCCAAGGCUCUAGUACUAGCAACGCACGAUCAUCAUCAUCAUCCUGGUUCUGGCGCAGCGCAACCCCAGCCCCAACCCCAGCACCAUCUAAUGCAACCGACCAGCAUACCUUACAAGCACAAGCAGAAUCAUCCCUCGCACUCCAGAUCCGCGAGCUACAGCUCAAACACCCCGAUCACUUCCGCAUCUCGUACUUCAUCGACGAAGAAAGACAUUUCAUCGAAGAACAGGAUCUUCACCUCGCUUUAACAGACUCCUCCUCCUCCUCCUCGUCAUCGCCAACCCCUGUGCUCCCUGCCUCUACCUCGUGUACAUGGCAUUCUCCAGCCCAUCUCGUAGCACUUCCCGACGACAACGACGUCGGACGACGGGCUUCACCUUGUACCUGUCUGCGGGACAACCCGUCAUCUACGCCUGCCCAGACUAAGGCAGGCGCGGAUCUGAUCUGCGUGUCUGGACCAGAUGGCUUUGUGGCGGCGUAUGCGGGGCCGAAGCGCUGGUUUGGGGGGACUGAGAGGCAGGGCCCGGUGCGUGGGAUACUAGGGCAGAUGAUGCAGGACGAGGGAGGUAAGACGGGAGGGUUGGGGCGGAAUUGGCUUGUUCUGAAGUUGUAGAUGGUGUAAUGUUGGAAAGGGAGAGUUAGUUCACUGCGCAGGCUAGAAGCUAAGAGGAUAUUAUUAUUAUUAUUGCAUUACCUGUCUAUAAGGAGAUCCCGUGUAGUAUAUAAGGGAUACAUGAUUGAUCUAUCUAGAGGGAAGAGUUAGUAUGGGGUGUGGAACAUGUAGAAGACACGCCUGGGUUUAUAGACGGAUAUAUGAAGGCGUAUGGCAUGUUAUACUACAAUAUGCCAUAGACCGUGUCAGCUCUAGAUUCUAAGAUGUAGAUCUCGUAUUAAAAAUUUCAACCCGAGUUGUUAAGAGAGGUUGUUUACUG